AUGUGGGUCGCAGUGCUGGGCGUCCUGUGUCUGCUGACCAACAGCCUGGCCCUGCCGCUGCCCCCGGAGGCAGGAGGCAUGAAUGAGCAGCAAUGGAAACAGGCUCAGGACUAUCUCCAGAGAUUUUAUUCACGUGAUUCCAAUGCAAGGGAUGACAACAGUUUACGAGACAAACUCAAGGAGAUGCAAAAGUUCUUUAGCCUGCCUAUAACUGGAAUAUUAAGCUCACGUGUCAUGGAAAUAAUGCAGAAGUCCAGAUGUGGUGUGCCAGAUGUUUUAGAAUACUCACUAUUCCCAGGUCACCCAAAAUGGACUUCCAAAGUAGUCACCUACAGGGUAGACUCAUACACUCGAGACUUAUCACGCUCCACAGUGGAUCGAUUAGUGACAAAGGCUUUAAAAAUUUGGGGCAAUGAGAUCCCCCUAAAAUUCAGAAGAUUUAAUUGGGGAAAAGCUGAUAUCAAGAUUGGCUUUGCCAGAGGAGCUCAUGGGGACAUUUACCCAUUUGAUGGGCCUGGAAAUACACUGGCUCAUGCCUUUGCACCAGGGAAAGACAUAGGAGGAGAUGCUCACUUUGAUGAGGAUGAACGCUGGACUGAUGGCAGCAAAAUCGGAAUUAACUUCCUGUACACUGCAACUCAUGAAUUUGGCCAUUCUUUGGGGCUAGGCCAUUCAACUAACCCUAAUGCUGUGAUGUUUCCAACAUAUGGAGUUGGAGAUCCCAAGACUUUCAAACUUUCACAGGAUGAUAUCAGAGGCAUUCAGAGAAUAUAUGGUAAUGUUUAUAACUUCAAAUAA